UCUAAAUGAGCAGCAGGGGGCGCGCGAGGCUCGUGGGAAACUCCACAUGUUUCUCUUUGUUUUGACUGAGAACAAAAGUAGAGCUGAACUCAAACUGUCAGGAAAAACAGCCUAAACAUGAAGAACAGAGGAGAGAAGGUGCUCCUGUGACACACUGCAGGCAUUCUGCACAUGAGUGUGUGUGUAAUAUCGUGUGUCACGUCUAAAAUAAAGACUUUCACGGAUCUGCGCGUGUCUGGAGUGACAGAAGACGGUUUCUUCCCAGCAUCAUGAGACGGUGAGCUCAGUGUGGAUCAGUGAUGGCAGAAACCCACGUCGACAAAUCUCACCUGCCCGCUGUUUAUGACGUGUGCCAGUGUUUCUCUGUGUUAGAGGACGGCGCUCUGGCUCACAGUCUUCAAGAGCAGGAAAUUGAGCAGUUUUACAGCACCAACAUCCAGAAGAACCAGGCGGUGCAGAGCGAUGUUCGUUUGGCCCAGAGACUUCAGGAGGAAGAGGAGCAGCGAGUGGAUCUGGAGGAGGAGGACCGCAGAUACGCACGGCUGAUUCAGGAAGAGCUCCAGAGGUGUGCUGAGGAGGCCAGGAGACGAGAGCAAGAGGAUGAGGAAAUGGCUAAACAGCUUCAGGAAGAAGAAGAGAUGGAGAUGAGACGGCAGAGGGCGGACUCUGGUCACCAUGAACAUGACUGUGUUUCUCCUCUAUGUGAAGGGUUGGGGAUCUGGGAGCAGGUGCUUCAGGACGCUGAGCUGGCCCGUAGACUUCAGGAGGAAGAGGAGAUGAUGCCUCGCAGAGAUUUUCCCCGCAGCUCUGGAUCAGAGGUGGACUUCAUUGCGGCUCAAGUGGCCCAAGAUGAGGAGAUCGCACACUACAUGCAGCAGCGCCGUCACAGAAGAGUCACCCACAGGCCACAAGACCUAGAGAUCCAGACCAGACCAGCAGAACCAACACAUGAAGGAGGACACACCACAACCAGGAAGGCUCUUCAGAUGCUGCGAGAGAGGCUGAACUCAGACGGACUGCAUUCGCCAGUGGAAGAGGAAGACUACACCAUUGAAAACCAUCCAGCAAGCCCAUCAUGCACUGCACUCCGAAACCAACACAUGCACAACAUUGCAGAGGAACUGGACCCAACGUUCAAGGCUCGGAAGCGUGAGAGCCACAUUUCCAGCAGCCCCCCGUCAGCAGGUUUGUGCUUGGCCACUCGUAACCCGCACAGCAUCUUUUAUGACUAUUUACCAGAACCCACCUUCAUACCACCAACCAAACGGCAGAGCGACAAAGCAGGACGUCACAAAGCCAGAGACAAGAAAGAGAACUGUAAACAACAGUGAACGUAUGUUUAACUCACUCUCAGUUUUCUAUGAUCAAUUUUAGAACUGAGUUUAGAACGGUUGAUUUUCUAAUGUUCCAUUCAUGCACUCUUAGAAAAAGUUCAAUAUAGAACCCUAUGGUUCUUGACUCAGUUUGAAAGAUCUCUUUAUGCCAGAAAGGUUCUAUAUAGGUAAAUUAUUUCGUGAUACUUCAAUAUUUAAUGGGUUAUUUACAUGUUUUCUUGUGAUAAAGGAUAUUUACGAGCUGUUUAAUUGAUAAAAUUUUAUUGAAAUGAAUCAAUUAAAACUAAAUCCAUAAAAUGAUCCCAUGAUGGAAACACUUUAAGGUUCUAUAUAGAACUGAUAGAGCCCCUCACGGAACACUUUAAGGUUCUAUAUAGAACUGAGAGCGCCUGACGGAACACACUAAGGUUCUAUAUAGAACUGAGAGCGCCUGACGGAACACACUAAGGUUCUAUAUAGAACUGAUAGAGCGCCUGACGGAACACACUAAGGUUCUAUAUAGAACUGAUAGAGCGCCUGAUGGAACACACUAAGGUUCUAUAUAGAACUGAUAGAGCGCCUCACGGAACACUUUAAGGUUCUAUAUAGAACUGAUAGAGCGCCUGACGGAACACACUAAGGUUCUAUAUAGAACUGAUAGAGCGCCUGAUGGAACACACUAAGGUUCUAUAUAGAACUGAUAGAGCGCCUCACGGAACACUUUAAGGUUCUAUAUAGAACUGAUAGAGCGCCUGACGGAACACACUAAGGUUCUAUAUAGAACUGAUAGAGCGCCUCACGGAACACUUUAAGGUUCUAUAUAGAACUGAUAGAGCGCCUGAUGGAACACACUAAGGUUCUAUAUAGAACUGAUAGAGCGCCUCACGGAACACUUUAAGGUUCUAUAUAGAACUGAUAGAGCGCCUGACGGAACACACUAAGGUUCUAUAUAGAACUGAUAGAGCGCCUGACGGAACACUUUAAGAACUGAUAGAGCGCCUGACGGAACACACUAAGGUUCUAUAUAGAACUGAUAGAGCGCCUGAUGGAACACACUAAGGUUCUAUAUAGAACUGAUAGAGCGCCUCACGGAACACUUUAAGGUUCUAUAUAGAACUGAUAGAGCGCCUGACGGAACACACUAAGGUUCUAUAUAGAACUGAUAGAGCGCCUCACGGAACACUUUAAGGUUCUAUAUAGAACUGAUAGAGCGCCUGAUGGAACACACUAAGGUUCUAUAUAGAACUGAUAGAGCGCCUGACGGAACACUUUAAGGUUCUAUAUAGAACUGAUAGAGCGCCUGACAGAACACACUAAGGUUCUAUAUAGAACUGAUAGAGCGCCUCACGGAACACUUUAAGGUUCUAUAUAGAACUGAUAGAGCGCCUGACGGAACACUUUAAGGUUCUAUAUAGAACUGAUAGAGCGCCUGACGGAACACACUAAGGUUCUAUAUAGAACUGAUAGAGCGCCUGAUGGAACACACUAAGGUUCUAUAUAGAACUGAUAGAGUGCCUGACGGAACACUUUAAGGUUCUAUAUAGAACUGAUAGAGCGCCUCACGGAACACUUUAAGGUUCUAUAUAGAACUGAUAGAGCGCCUGACGGAACACACUAAGGUUCUAUAUAGAACUGAUAGAGCGCCUGACGGAACACUUUAAGGUUCUAUAUAGAACUGAUAGAGCGCCUGACGGAACACUUUAAGGUUCUAUAUAGAACUGAUAGAGCGCCUGACGGAACACUUUAAGGUUCUAUAUAGAACUGAGAGUGCCUGACGGAACACUUUAAGGUUCUAUAUAGAACUGAUAGAGCGCCUCACGGAACACUUUAAGGUUCUAUAUAGAACUGAUAGAGCGCCUGACGGAACACUUUAAAGUUCUAUAUAGAACCACUUCUAUAUAUAUCAAUGGGUUUUUAAGGCCUGAAACAAGGUCUGUUGUUAAGGUCGUUCACGUUUUAUUCUACAUAAAAUACAUCUUUAAUUUGAUUUUUGAAAACUUUACUUGAAAAAAGCAGUUGCUAACGUGUGGUGAAAUGGGACUAUAGAGGUUAUCAGAGACAUUCAAUGUCAUCAGAUCAGACAGGUAAACUCAUCUUCUACCCAGUCACAUGGUUUAUAAUAUAAAGUUGUUCACUUGUGAAGAUUAUCAUGAUGAGCAAAACGUGAGAAUCACAAACCAUUGUUGGACUUUUUUUUUUUCUGCAAUAAUUCAUACUGCGUUUUGUCAAAGCAAAUUUACGGUUUAAACUACAAAAAUACGAAAUCACGGCAGCGCUCUCUUAGUGAUGAUUUCCAGAGACAUAUCUUUGUUGACAAUCAAACACCUGCUACGAUAACAGUCUCCAUGUGUUGGCCAAUAGAUCAUCUUUAUGGUCAGAAGCUGGAAAUAUCACAUGUAAAUACUGCACAUCUUAUUUUAGAUGGAAUGCAGCAUUGUAAACAAGACUCGAAUGGUUACACUGUGAUAGAAGACUGAAUAUAUUGUAUUUUUUAACCUUCAGGUAUUUGCUUAGAUGAGUCAUUUAAUGUACAUGCAGUGGAAUAACAUCUUUGUUAACUAAAUCAGGUCAAAUGGAAAAAAAACAAGAGUUAAGUGAAGGAUAAUACACCAGAGACCUGUGAUUUUAUGUGUGUUAAAGGGAUAUAGACUUAUUAAUGCUUCACAAUAGCUUUAUUUCACAGCAUUUUCAAAGGGGUUUAGUCCACAUUUGUUUUUUUUUAAUUUGUGUUCCUCAUUUUCACUUCUAAAAAAAAAAGAGCAGCUCUGUGUUUAAUAGUGUUGCGAAACAGGAUUCAGAAAAUAACCUGUGAUGUCUUUUACCAGAAAGAUUCAGGGUUUUUGCAGUUGGAAAUUUCAGUGGAUUUAAAAUAAUGCUAUGCAGGGGAAUUCGGAUGGUGCUGAAUUAAAAUAUCAAACGGCGUCACAUCCUGACAGCCUACAGUAUUUCAGUGCAGAGGUCUGUAAGCGUGUGUGACAUCAUCCCUGUUCUCUAAAGGGCAACUGAACGUCUAUUGUUUAAAGGUCUCAUAUUUGAGGAUUUCCUUUUUUUUUUCUUGUGUUAACAUGUGUUUUCAUAAUAAAAGUCAUCUGAGCACAA